AUGAUUAUAUUACUAAUCCUAGCAUCAAUAGUGUGUGGUAAAUUCUUAGGAAAGGUUAAUAAGGUUAAAACGGAUUAUUUAAAUGUAUUCUUGUUUCCCCACUCACAUGAUGAUGUUGGAUGGGUAAAGACCAUGAUGGAAUACUACUAAGAUUCAAAUGGAGUCCAAUAAAUUAUUAGCUCAUAUAUGGAAUAACUAAUGAAUGAUAAGACCAAGUACUUCUCUUAAGUUGAGAUUGCUUUCUUCUCAAUUUGGUGGAACGAAUAGAGUGAUGAGAUGAAAGAGAAAGUGAAAGAGUUAGUAAGGAAUGGGCAGUUAGAGUUUUUGAGUGGAGGAUGGUGCAUGAAUGACGAGGCCACAUCAUACUAUGAAGAUAUAAUAGAUUAGAUGACUCUUGGACAUAAAUUCUUACUCUAAAACUUCAAUUAUACUCCAUCGAUUGGAUGGCAAGUAGAUCCAUUUGGACAUUCAAAUACUCAAGCUCUGUUCUCAAAUAUGAUGGGAUUCAAUGCUUUGUUUUUUGGGCGUAUCGAUUAAGAAGAUCGUACAAUCAGAGAAAAAAAUAAAGAAUUAGAGUUUGUUAUUCAUCCUGAUUCUGAUUCAAGACAUUCCAUAUUGACACAUGUCAAUUAUUAUGGCUAUUACUCAUCACCUAGAGGUUUUGAUUUCGAUGUUACCAAUCCCAAUAGAUAAGAGGUUACAGAUUCUAAUUUGUAAGCGAAAACAGAUGAACUUGCUGCAUAUUUCAAAUAGUAACAAACUGUUUACAGAGGGAAUAUAUUGGCUCAUACUUUGGGAAUGGAUUUCUAGUGGUCAGAUGCUGCAUCCUAUUUCAGCCAGAUGGACAGAGUUAUGAAUUAAGUCAAUAAAAAUAAGGAAAAAUAUUAAAUGAACAUUCAAUAUGGAACUCCAAAGUAAUACAUUCAAGCACUCAACGAAUAGAAUAUCACCUAUCCUUCUCAAUAGGAAGACUUCUUCCCAUAUGCUGAUUACCCUAAUCAAUAUUGGUCAGGUUACUUCACUAGUAGAUCUGCAUUUAAAGGGUAUGUGAGAAGAAUAGGCAGAUAUUUCCAAUAAGUCAAAUUGCUUUAUUCCCUAGUAAAAAUCAAUAACCUCUGUAAAUCUCUUUGUAAUGAAAGAACCUUAUAAGAUCUAGCUGAAGCAUUAGGCACAGCUUAACAUCAUGAUGCAAUCACAGGGACUGCAAGAUAAUAUGUCAAUAAUGAUUAUGUUAAAAUGAUCAAGACUGCUCAUCUAAAUAUGAAUAAACAAGUUAGCACUCUACUCAACAGUCUAUCAAAUACAAAGUCAGUUAAUCAUGUUACUUGUAAUUUUAAUGGAACCAAUGUCUGUCACUCCUUAUUUGAUCCUUUAAUCAAAAACUAAACUGUCAUCUUAACUAUCAUUGAUACUAAAGUUAAUAAUGAUGGAAUUAAAGAAUACCUUAAGAUAUCUGUACCAGAUAAUUUGUACUUCAAAGCUACAGAUGAAUAAGACAAUCUACUAAAUGGAGAAAUUCUCUGUGUUGAUGGAUAAUGCAUUCUGUAUUUACAAAGAAUUGUUGAUAAUUCAAAACUCCUUCAUUAUUGUAAACUAAAAACUGUUGCCACAGAAGAUGAAACCAAUAUCAAUAAAAUAGAACCUGAAACUAUCAAUGUUGAUGCUGAUACUCAACUAUUUAACAAAUUCAAGCUUAACUAUAAUUUUUAUUUUUCUACCUCGGGUGCUUAUGUCUUUAAACCGUUUGGUGAAUCACACCCAUAUGGUGAUUACAUAAAGGCUUAUAAAUUUACUGGUAGCAUUGUAAAAUAAAUUUAUAUUGAAAAAACAGCCAUAAAGACUUGGAUUACAAAUUUUGAUGAUGAAAAUAUAUUCUAUGUAGAUACUUUUGUGGAUUCCAUUAAUUUGACAGAUUAGAAGGGACAAGAGGUUGUUAUACAAAUCCUUACAGAUAUUAAUAAUAAAUAAGUAUUUUAUACAGAUAGUAGUGGAUUGGCAUUUUAAAGACGCCAGGUUAAUCAUAGGGAUUCUUGGCAAAUGAAAGUUUUAGAACCAGUGUCAGGUAAUUAUUUCCCUGUUAAUGGUGCCAUCAUGAUCAAAAAUACAGAAGAAGAUUAAGCAUGUGCAGUUAUCAAUGAUAGAGCAUAAGGAGGAACAAGUCUUAGUUACGGCGUUAUUGAAUUAAUGUUACAAAGACGUUUGAAUAAUGAUGAUUAUAAAGGAGUCUAUGAAAGACUUGAUGAAUAAGAAGAUGUAGAUAAUAAAAGUGUUGGAAUGAGGUAGAUGAUGUCUCAUACUAUUGUCUUCUAUAAUCCAAAGUAGAAUUCUAAUAUUGUAAGACGGUUGUAAUAUGAAUAAGAUCUUAAACCACUACUUUAUUUCUCAGCUUAGGAUGAAAUUGAAUAUAAAUAAUUAAAAAAUAAAUUUGCCAAAUUAGUUGAAAAACAAGCUGAUGAAAAUUUAUCCAAAUUCUACAUUGAACCUUGGAUAAAUGAGAAUUAAUAUUUAGUUAGAGUACACAAUUUUAGAGAAGACGGAAUCUAAAAACUUAAUUUUCCAGCAGGCAUAAGAUUCAUGCAAACUACCUUAACUGGAAAUUAAGAAUUAAAGAAUUGGCAAUUAAAUAGAUUUAAAUGGACAGACUCAUACACCCAGGAAUAAUCUCAAUAAAAUUAUAACGAAGACCAGGUUGGACCUAUGAAAAUUAAAACUUGGAUUGUUACAAUUUGAAUUAUUAUUAUGUAUCUUAAAAAUAAAAUAUUUGACA